AAACCAGAGAGAGUGAUCGUUAUUUACCAAAGAUGAUUUCUUCGUAUUCUUCUGGAGGUGGGUGGGUAUUUGCGGCUGCAGUAGUCGUAGCACUUCUUCAACAGUUGUGCUUCCUCACUACUACUACAGCGGUGGCCUCUAGAAUCAUUCUGAGCAAUGAGACCGAUCGCAUGGCGUUGUUGGAGUUCAAGUCCAAGAUUCUCGGUGAUCCUUUGGGGGCUCUGAGCUCGUGGAAUGAUUCCACUCACUUCUGUCGUUGGUACGGCGUGUCUUGUUCCAAAAGACACCUUGGGAGAGUCCAGGUCCUCGAUCUUCAUUCCGAGAAACUCUCGGGGUCCAUCUCCCCACAUAUUGGCAAUCUCAGCUUCCUGAAAAAGUUGGUUCUUCUCAACAACAGUUUGAGCGGAGGAAUUCCAUCUGAAAUCGGCCGCCUCCGUAGAUUGCAUGAGCUCAGAAUCUCCGAAAACUCGCUCGAGGGUGAGAUCCCAUCUAACAUCUCAGGAUGCUCUGUCCUUACUAUAUUCAAUGUAUCACGAAACAAAUUGGCGGGACAGCUACCAUGGCAGCUUGGAUCCUUGAGCAAACUCCAAUUUUUUGCUGGAGCAUACAACAAUCUAACAGGAAGCAUCCCCCACUCUUUUGGCAAUUUGUCAUCUCUGGUGAAAUUCCACGUAGUAAACAACCAUUUGAGUGGGAGAAUUCCUGAUUCUCUUGGCCAAUUGAAGAGUGUUCUAAUCUUGAAUAUGGUUAUCAACAACUUACAUGGUGAGAUCCCUGCUUCCAUUUUCAAUCUCUCUUCCCUUUUAACUCUAGCCUUUGGAUUCAACCAGCUCCACGGCAGUCUUCCCAAAAACUUGGGAAUAUCACUUCCGAAUCUUCAAUGGUUAGAUGUGACUGACAACCAAUUUAGUGGCAGUGUUCCAGCUUCCUUAUCCAAUGCCUCCAAUUUGGUUAUACUACAACUGGCCGUCAAUAAUUUUACCGGUAGCAUGCCUAGUAUGAGGAGCUCUCACAAACUUGUGAACUUAAUCAUAGACGGAAACUCUCUUGGAAGUGUAAAAGCUAACGAUUUGAGUUUCCUCUCCUCUUUGACUAAUGUUAGUAGCUUGAAAGUAGUGGAAAUUUACAAGAAUUACUUUGGAGGCAGUUUACCGGAACAAAUUGGCAACUUGUCAAAAAAUUUGGAGACGUUGAAUGUUGCUUCUAAUGCAUUGGAAGGAAGCAUUCCAAGUGGGGUACAAAAUCUCGUCAACCUGCAAUGGUUGGAUGCAAGAAACAACAAACUUACAGGUACCAUCCCGUCCGUCAUCGGGAACAUGCAAGCUCUGCGACUAUUGAAUCUGAGGGGAAAUAGAAUUUCAGGAUCUAUUCCACCAACGUUUGGUAACCUGACCGAGUUGAUUGAUUUAGAUCUAGAUGAAAACAAUCUAUGGGGUGAAAUUCCUCUUGGGUUUGAGAAUUGUCGAAAUUUGCUAUAUGUGGAGCUCGCAUACAACAACCUAAGUGGUGUGAUUCCCCCACAAAUCGUGAUGAGUUCUUCCUCGUUAAUCUACUUAAACUUGUCUCAUAAUCAUCUCAUCGGUGCCCUUCCGGCCGAAGUGGGAGGACUUGUCAAUUUGGAGAUAUUGGAUCUGUCUCAUAACAUGUUGUCAGGUGAAAUACCAACUUCUCUCGGUAGUUGUGCAGUAUUGGGGUCACUGUACUUGCAAGACAAUCUUUUGCAAGGAAUCAUUCCUUCUUCUCUUGGUUCACUGAGAGGUAUUGAAGUACUGGACAUCUCCAGUAAUAACUUAUCUGGUCAAAUUCCAAAAUCUUUUGAAGAGAUGAAGCUAUUACAGCUUUUGAAUCUAUCUUACAACAAUCUCGAGGGUGAAGUGCCAUCGAGUGGAGUCUUUUGGAAUGACAGCAUCAUUUCAGUCGUCGGAAAUGACAAGCUCUGUGGUGGCAUGGCUGAACUUAACCUUCCACAUUGUAGCUUCAAACAAAAAAAAAAGACACUAUUGAGCCAUAAGUCGAUCAAGAUUGUCGUAUUGGUAGUCACGGGUCUAUUGUGUUUGGCAUUCAUGGGUUCUUGCUUGCUUAUCUUUUGGUUCAUGAAGAGAGGGAAACAAGAUGCACUUUCCGUUGAUGAUUCACAGCUGAUAUUGUCCUACUAUGACCUCCAUAAAGCUACAGAUGGUUUCUCCGCGACAAAUCUUAUUGGAGUGGGAAGCUUUGGUUCCGUGUAUAAAGGAUUCAUUGAAGCAAAUGGGAUUGGAAGCACUAUCGCUGUGAAGGUGUUCAACCUUCAGCGCAACGGAGCUUCCAGGAGUUUUAUGGCAGAAUGUGCGGCUUUGAAGAACAUCAGGCACCGAAAUCUUUUGAGGAUACUCACAGUGUGUUCAGGCGUUGAUUAUCAAAUGGAUGACUUCAAGGCUCUCAUCUACGAGUUCUUGGCCAAUGGUAGUCUGGAAGAAUGGUUGCAUCCAGUGGGAAGUAGUAUAGAUGAGCCUCCAAGAAUCUUGAGUUUCCUCCAGAGGCUAAACGUCGCUAUAGAUGUUGCUACUGCAAUGGAUUAUCUUCACCAUCAAUCUGGAACGCCUAUUGUUCAUUGCGACCUGAAGCCGAACAAUGUGCUUCUUGACAUGGACAUGGUAGCCCAUGUUGGUGAUUUUGGGUUGGCAAGAUUCCUUCAAACAGUUGUUGAUCCCUCUCCACCAGACCAUGCAUCAAGCUCCAUUGGUGUAAAGGGAACAGUUGGCUAUGCACCCCCUGAAUAUGGUAUGGGAAAUAAAGUCUCGAUACAAGGUGAUGUCUACAGCUACGGAGUUCUCUUGCUUGAGAUUUUCACUGGAAGGCGACCGACAAAUGAGAUUUUCAAGAAUGGCCUGAGUCUACAUGGUUUUGUUGGAAAUGCUCUAUCAGAAAAGCUAAUAGCAAAAGUUGUGGAUCCUAUUCUUCUCAAUGAGCUAUCACUUGGCCAAGCAACCCAUUCCUACGUCAAUAGUAGCAGUAACAACUCAGAGGAAGCCAACUACAACAAAAGCCACAUACUAGAGGAGGCUCUCAUCUCCAUUCUCGAAAUAGGUGUUGCUUGUUCUCCAGACUCCCCGGAUGAGAGGAUUAGCAUGAGUGAGGUUGUAACUAGACUUGUCUCUUUGAAAAGGUUGCUUCGUGAUAAACUUGCUCGAAGACGAAUGGGCGGGAGGUGAUGAUUAGCUUGCUUUGAUUGACAACUUUGAUAUAGGUGCUUAUUCAUAUGGAUGCUUUUUUCUGGAUUUAAAGAAUGUAUUUUGAGUCAUAUCAAGAUUGUAUGAAUUCAAAAUAAAGUUGAGUGUUUAACUCGUUUAACUGUUAGCGUACAACGACAACAGAUCGAGCUACGUACAUCUAGUUUAAACAUAGUGAGAUAUUACCCAUUCUUGUUCU